UCUUUGUUCCUGCAUGUCGACUAAGAGAUCACACCAUGCCCUUCUACCCCCACAAAAGAAUAAAGGGCUCAGAGCUGGUCGAAGAAUCAUCUACCCAAUUCUGCACCGUGUGAGAGAUAUUUACCGUGCAUGUUCGUUCGGUACCCGACGAUACUAUCGAUAACGGGCGGGGGAAAUUUGGUUUCCCCUCUUCAUCUUUUGCUGCAGAAGUCCCUCGGAUCUCUUCAUUUCUCCUCCUCUCGUAUUCUCUCCCUUGGUCUUCACAUUUGACUUCAAUGCAUAUCCUGGUUGUCAACGACGACGGGCCCCCGUCCAACGAAUCGUCCCCUUACAUUCAUUCGUUCGUCCAUACAUUGCAGUCUGCAGGGCACACUGUCUCUGUGGUUCUCCCGCAUCAGCAACGAUCAUGGAUUGGUAAAGCACAUCUCAUCGGCGCUGCUGUCAAGCCCACCUACUUCCGCCCCGGAACACUCCACGAAGACGAUGGCACUACACAUGAGUACCCCCGCGGUUGCUGUGCUGAAGAUGCCGAGGCUCCUGAGGGCGAUGAGUGGAUUCUCAUCAACUCGACUCCUGCCAGCUGCGUGCAAAUUGGUCUUUACCAUUACUUCCAAGACCGCGGGCCCGUUGAUCUUGUAGUGUCCGGCCCGAAUUAUGGACGCAAUACGACGUCACUCUUUGCGAUGUCGAGUGGAACAAUAGGUGGCGCUAUGGAGGGUGCCGCUUGUGGGAAACGAUCGAUUGCGCUGUCUUACGCCUUUAGCUCCCGCAGCCAUGAUCCUGUCGUCAUUGCGGAGGCAUCUCGACAUUCAGUGCGAGUAAUUGAGCAUCUCGCAAAGAACUGGGAUGAUGGGGUGCAGCUUUACAGUGUGAAUGUUCCCUUGGAACCUGGUGUGAGUGAGAGCAAGGUUUGGUAUACGGAAAUGCUUGAAAAUCAGUGGUCAUCCGGAAGCUGCUUUGAUGCUGUUGAUGCGGCGGUACCCCUGGAGGACCCUGGCCACCGGGAGCAAACGCUGCGGGAUCAGGAGGAGAAACUAGGAGAGGACCCCGCUUCAAAUGUUGCUGUAAACUCUGUAAAAAGAUCUCGCAUCCCGCACAAACAUUUCAUUUGGGCACCCAAGUUCGCCGAUGUGUAUAAGAGCGUUGAGGCGAGCACUCCAGGAAAUGACGGCUGGACUGUCAAGGAAGGAAUGACAAGUGUUACUCCGUUGAGAGCCAAUUUUAUGCACGCACCGGGUAUCAAAGGGGAGAUUAAGCUAUCGGAUAAUGAUGAACCUUCCCUAUAUUCGAUUGUGGAUUGCGACGUUCCAUAUGUCCAAGAACUGGUGGAGCACGCCUUACAAUCUCGUCUUGGGAAAGACCGCUACCGGCCAGUCUCCUCUGUUUCAGAACUCCCGGCCUCAUCGGCGCCGGUGUUCCAAUACCGAGAGUAUGAGCGACUGGACUUCGAGCAAGCCAUGUUAAAUUCAACAUCGUCCCUGACAAAUGCCUACAUAAUCCGCAAAGCACUGAUUCGCAAGCAUUACCUCUCGAACACUGUCUCGAAUUGGAUCAUAAAGCACCCUGAGAGUAUUCUGGCUCAACAUGUCAAAUUCUCUAUCGACUUCGAACUCGACUAUGCCGAAUUCCUCGAUGAUGCCUUGCUGGAGGCGUACGAACUGCGUGAAAGCUUGGAAAAGAAUGAGUCCAAGCCUGACACCGAAAAGGAGUGGUGGAUCCUCAAACCGGGAAUGAGUGACCGUGGGCAAGGAAUCCGCCUCUUCAGCAGUGAGGACCAGCUCCGGGAGAUUUUCGAGGAAUGGGAAGUCGAUGACUCGGAUGAUGAAAGCGGUUCGGAGCGCCCUGAGGAAGAAUCAAGCCAUGAUGAUGAGGGUAACAAUGGCGUGAUAACUUCUCAGUUACGCCACUUCAUCGCUCAACCUUAUAUCGAUCCGCCGCUUCUCCUUCCAUCCUCGUCGCGGCGUAAAUUCCAUAUCCGUACUUACGUCCUUGCCGUGGGUGCCUUGAAAGUUUAUGUUUUCAAGGAAAUGCUGGCGCUCUUCGCUGCAAAGCCAUACUGUCCGCCCGGCGAAGACGAAGACGAAGUAAAAGAUCUCGCCAGACAUCUCACCAAUACCUGCUUCCAAGAGGGCGGAAGCGCCAAUGCAGGCAGCGUAAGACGGUUCUGGCAACUCGACCACCACGUCCCGGGACUCGCCCCCAACUGGAAAGAAAACAUCUUCAACCAGAUCUGCAGUGUGACCGGCGAGCUCUUCGAAGCCGCCGCGAGAGGCAUGAUGGUUCAUUUCCAGACACUUCCCAAUGCAUUCGAGCUCUUCGGGAUUGAUUUCCUCGUCGACAAGUCCGGAACCGCCUGGCUGCUUGAAGUGAAUGCGUUCCCGGACUUUGCUCAGACAGGCGAGGAAUUAAGAGAGCUUGUUGUGGGUAAACUGUUCGAGGAGACGGUUGAUGUUGCCGUCAAGCCUUUUUUCAAUCUCGGGGACUCCUCGGUUAAUGGUACGGAUCAUUUGAAGCUCGUUGCUCAUCUUAAUCUUGGGAGGACGGGUUAG